UGUCCUUCUUGUCCUCGAAAACGAGUAAGAAUUUUAGUUUGCUUUUUUGUCGUGUCAUGUGGGACGUUAGACUAUGUAUCCCUUUUAGUCGAUUGUGAGAUGAAUUAGAAGUCAAGAAAAUUUUAAACGCUUUCCACUUGAAGCGGCUUUGACCAGACUUUGAUCACGUGACUUUGUUGAUGGUGACGUUUUUGGGCUCUCCAUCUGACAAUAUUUUUUCUCGUGUCCUUUAAUUAAAAAACCCGAAAAUUUCAUUAUGUCAGACGCGUCAAAUGUUAAACGAUUUUGCCGAAGGUGCAAAGCACAUGGUUUUAAAGCUGGAAUACAUUCAGCAUGCCCUUUUAAAUGUUGCAAGUGCGCGGAGUGUGAGAAGAUUGCAAAACACAACGAAAUGGCGCGAGAGCGAGCUCGAAAAAGACGUGCCGACGAGCUGGCCGGACCAUUGCUACCCUCAAGCAGCGUUGACCUGACUAUUGAGCAAGUCAUCCAACUUGCAAACAAGAACUCGGGUACUGAAGUGGCGAAAAAAAAGAUGUCCACAACUGCCCUUAAAGCCGGUAUGUUGUCAACUUCAUGAUCUUUUGAUCCAAUUUUUUGUUAAUUUACCUUUCCAACUAUUUUAGUUACUCUUAAGGUAUCUUAUUGCCUUUGAAAGUACCAUUUGUAUUUGAAGUAUACCUUUUUAAAAAUGUUGGACAGGAAAAUUUGUUGUUACAGUAAUUUGUUGCACUUUGGCUUGUACAUGAAAUUCUCGUGAAUGACACACAAAUUAUUUGACAGAUUUCCCGAUGUUGCCUAAAAUACAUUCUCAGAAUAGCUUUUACAGUGCAGUUUUGCGAUUUCAUUAAUGUUAAAAUUUCACAUUUUUAUUAGUAAUGCUUCUCUAACAAUUUUGUUAUCAAGUCAGGGCACUGAAUGAGAGAAAGGAUCAAAUUUCAGUAGUUUUCUUUGACAUCUGGGACGUCACUAUUUUCAUUGCUUGUGUACUUAUCAGCGGCCAUCGUGUAAAGCCAUGACAAAUUUUUCCCACUUAUCUGGCUUCUCAUCAACACUUACUAAUAAAGUGUGAUAUGGUAUUGUUAAAAAUUAAAUUUGCUUAAAAAGUAAUACAGUAAAACCAACAACUAGAGACGGUCUAAGAACCUGGAUUUUUCUAAGUUAGCCUAAACAGGAUCCCAUAUAAAUGGUAGUUAGUUUAAGGUUUUAAAUUAGUCCUCGCCUUUCAUGACUGGGGUGAUUUUCACACGCGCUUGCGUUUCGCUCGCUCUACUAUCUCUGAGAAAAAAAUAGGGAUUACUCAUAGUCUCUUCUUAUAUAGGUUCUUUCUGAAAAAAAAAGAUACAAUAUAGCUAAGAGUAUUCAGUGGUUCAGCUUUUUCCUUACAUAAAAGCUGCAAACCAUAACAUUGCAGUUGGAGUGUUAAGGCACCCGUGUCUCUAAAGAAGAUUCUGAAUGUUGACUUAUUUGCUUAAGUGUACAAAAUUUUUUCAUACAUUUAAGAAAAUAAUAGCCUCCCACGCAGGGGUUUUUAGUGGCGUGUUUAUUUCGUCCCUCCCCACAAACACCAUUUGUGGGUGCGAUGAAGUAUAAGUUCCCCAAAAAAUCCUGCGUGGGGAGCUAAGAAAAUAAGAGCCUGAUUCACAUUUUAGGCUGAACAGGUUCCUGUAUACAGGGUGCUUAACUGGCAAAAUUUGAGCCUAACAGGUUCUUAGUCUCAGGGUCUUACUGUUAUUAUUCUUAUGGGUUAUGCAUUGUUCAUUUCUACGUGUAAACCAUCCCCUUCCCCUGGGAAUUUGUAAGUUUUAUUACUUGGCAGUCUAUUCCCCACCUCAAGGCAUACAGAAAAAGACAAUUUCUCACCCCUGCACUCCUCAUCAACCACACAUAACAUUGUUUUGGGUACAGGAUAAAUGUUUCUAAGGUUUUCUAUUUCAUAAAAACACUAGACUGAGAUCUCUGUUUUGCAAGCCGGGCAUCCAUAUUUAUAUACAGUCUAUUUAAGUUGUCUUGUUAUAUAGAUAAAUUCACUUAAGAAAUAUUUCUUUGUUGGUGACGAAAGCCAUCCAUCCAAGUAUGCGUCAUAUGCACAUUGGUUCUACAAUAAAAAUUUCGUGGUUCAUACAAUCUUGAAAAGGUCUUGAAUUUUAGUAGUCGUCUUGAAAAGUCCUUGAAUUUGGUUUAGGUCCUUGAAAAGAAAUAGAUUUCUUUAGUAGGUCUUAAAAGUCCUUGAAAUUCACAACUUUGUCUACGCAUACACCUUUUUCUGUAGAGUUAGAUUUUAUUUUGCCGAGGAAAAUUUGGCUCAUCUUCAUAGGCAGAAAGAACCUGUAAAAUUCACGGGCAACGUACAAACAUUUUUAGUAAAAGGACAAUGUUUUAUUUAUUAUCAAUAUUAUUUUAAAUGACUCCAUGACGUGUUUUAGCCAAUAGGGUGAUCAAAGGGGGUUAAAGACCUUGAAAACUGUAAGUUGUCCUUGAAAAAUCCUUGAAAAGUCCUUGAAGUUUGUGUGUCUGAAGUUGUAAGAACCAUGAAGAUAUAAGCAUACCUUUCAGAAUACAGAUUUUACUUUUGAGUGGUUAUUUGUUUCUAACCAGACUGCAACAAAUUCUUGAGAUUUCCCCAGGAAAGAACAGUCUUAGGAGUCUUCUCCAUGCAGUCUGGCACCAUCAUGUCAACUCAGAAAUGACAUAAUUCACAAGAACAACAAAAAUGUGAUUUUUGAUUUCCCUGCCCCCUAUCCCCGGGACAGGACCGCUUCAAACAAUUCCCCCCUCAGGCCUGAAGGGCUGGACUUGUCUUAGGGGUUGACAGGAGGGAUGUUGACACAUUGAAUUGAACCAUGCAAUACCCUCUCAGAAAUCCAACGAAAAAAAGAACACAUGACAGGUAAAUUGAACUGAUGUGACUUGGUCCAAAUUUAACAAUAUAUUAAAUUUAUUGUGUAUAUAUGUAUAUACUGUUGUUUAGAGAAACAGAAAAGCAGAAGACUUGAGAUGUCGAAAUAUGAUCUGUUUGUUAACAACUUUAUGAGCUCUUUGAGUGAAGCAGACAAGUUGAAGAGCCCACUUUCCAACAUGGCACGUGCCACCAAGGCCUGGAUGGAAGAAAGGCAACAUACCAUAAGCGGUCGUGUAAAGAACACAAGUGCAAGGCAAGGAGAUGAAUUAAACGCCCUGGGGCUAACUGAGUACAGUGAUGUGGAGCACGUGAACCUGGGACUUCCAUCCUCACUUGGUUCAGAACUUCAGAAUACUGGUUCAGGACUUCCAUCAGCUCAUGGCUCUGGUGAUGAGAGUGCUGCUCUUUUGGUUGACAUUUUCCCCCAGCUGUCACCUCCACAUUUGAAAAAGCACUUGACAAGUGCAAAUGAGGAGGUAGAGAAUGCUGCUCUUUUGGCCAACAUUUUCCCCCAGCUAUCACCUCCACAUUUGAAAAAGCACUUGACAAGUGCAAAUGGGGAGGUAGAGAAAGCAAUUGAUGCCAUUCUCCUGGAAAGUCCCUCUCAAAAUAUGGUAAACAACAGCAACUUAAAUGUCCUCGUGCAAAUGUUCCCGCAGUUUAAACAAGAGGGCAUUGCUAAAGCUUUGCAGUCGUGUGAUAAUAAGCUGUAUGAUACUGUGGAUCUACUUUUGAAAUUAUUACCUGUCAGUGAGGAGAGCAAGAGAAGGGAUUCCCCGGUAAUAUCUUUUUCCCAGACUGUUACUAGAGCAGUCAGUAACAUUCCUGAUACUGAUCUAAAUCCUUUUGCUGUGGCCUUGAGCAGCACAUCCACUGCCUCGGGUUCAAGGAAAGCUGCAUUCUGUAAGCGCUGUGGCCACCAUUUAUCAGGGAGUGUCAUGGGAGGUCUCUGCCCAAACCCUGCAUGUGGCCAACCAUUUAAACCAAAGUUGAGGAUGUAAGACAAACAUCCAAGGAAAAGAAUAGAGGCAUGUGUUUUUUUAUGCAUCCAGUAAGUGAGUUAAGUUAUAUAGGCAAUGUUGCAAAGCAACAUUUACAAAAUCUUAUGACAUCAGUAUGAAAUAGGCCUUUUGCAACAAAAAUGAUGGUCACCUGAUUGUUCUCUUAUCUGUGAAAAUGAAUUCAAAACAAAUACUUUUUGGAAAACUAUUUUUAACAGAAGUUGAUUUAAAGCAUUUUAUGAUUAGCGAACAUAUAAAUUGUCAGACCUAUAUCUCAAAAGUAGCAAUUGCUGUAGUCUUGAAAAUUAGAAGGAUCUUCAUGUGGGAAGAACUCUUGCUAUUCAACCAUCAUUAUUUUAGAGGUCUUCCAAAAAAAAUUAUAUUUCUCAAAGUAAUACAGGCUAGACCUUGUGACUCGAUACAUGACCUUGUAAUUCAUUACAGGUUAAGACCUUCACAAUAUCUCAGCAUCGUACAGCAUUGGUCUGGAAAUGGGUGUCCUUGCUAAUAUUCGAACAUACUCUUUCCAUUUUUGAAAGUUAGAUUACUCUAGCUUCAAGGCUCUACUAAGGGAAAUCAGUCAUGUGAUCAACAAAGGGCCUAUAGUCUCAGCAACUUGACACAAAGUCAUAAAAAAAUAUUUUGUUCCCUUGAACUCUGUUUAGGAGUACCAAAUUGUUCUUGGUGUGAGACCAAUACAGGCUGCAGACUGGUGAGCAAACGAUGUUGUGAAAUGGUCUUAAAACAUGUCAAAACUACUGGUAUUUUGAGACUUUAAAAGAGACAGUAAACUGUGUAGAGAUAGGGAUAAAUCUGAGACAUUUCACAGCAUUGUUGUCUUGUCUACCUGCAAUUGCUGCCCAUCAGUGUCAUGAAACUAUUUGACAAUGUUUUAAAAAGAUGCAUAAAUCAUGGCACAGUGUGCCAAUGCCUUCAGGUCUAAGGGUUAUCAUGACAUAUACAAAUAUGGCCAAUGUGGUAAAUUUGUAACAAAACUGUAAUCUACAAAUUCUUUUCAAAAAGGAUUAAAAAUACAGUUAUAAGGGUCAUUGUAUGUUCAAUUCUUGCCAAUGGCAUACAUGCCCAAAACCCAUCUGAGUGUCCUCAAUGAUGCCUGUUGUGCAAGCUAUUCCAAUAUUUGGCACUGUAUCUCUGUUGUUUGUAACCUUGAUGAUUGUCUUACAUCUUCAAAGUCAACUUUGAGGCUACCAAGGUUUGGAUUGUAUUCACAAUAAGAAAGCCACUGAUCGGUAAUAAAGCAAGGCAUUUUAUUGAAUUUAUGACCAAAAAUUAAAACAAUAAUUAUGCCACUUGUUGCACUGAAAACUUCAUCAUAAGUAUUAAUACACUCUUUUGAGGCAACACUUUCUGUAAACUUGACUUCAUUAGAGCGAUUUUUAUAUGACUUUAAAUGAUUAUGUGAAGCAAAACAGAAACAACAAACAAACGCCAGUGGAGCAAUUUGAUUGGUGUAUCAAAAAAGUACAAAGUUAACAUACAUGGCUUUUGGUAUGCAAAUGCAUGAUGAGAAACAUUGUUGAAAGUAAUUUUCCACAACUUCAGGCAACAAAAGCUUACAAAAAGUGUUGAACCUGGUCAGAUGUUAGGAUGCCAGACUGGAGGGUAAAAUAUGAUUCAGAAGAAAUUUAUAAGUUUGAGCCAACAAUUGCGGCAACAUUGGCUGCAUUAAAAUUCAUAUUGGAAGUAACAUAUUAUUAUUAACAUUUUUUUAUUUACUAAUUACUAACUGAAGGGGUCAUUACAUGGAUAUUCACUGGUACUUUAAAAAGGCUUAAUACACAUUUGUGUCAAUAGCAUUCGCAGUGCUGUCAACUCUCCUGGAAAAUUCUGGAGAAAUCUCCCUUUCUCCAGAUUAGAGAAUGAAAUCUCCCGGAUAAUCAUUGAAGUAUGUCAUUUCUUCAGUAGCCUCGACUUUCCAACAAUACAAUUUCAACUAUUUUGCAUAUUGUUUGAGCUAUUUUAAUGUCAACAUAGAACAUUUCCUCAUGACCUCCAGUAUGCUAUUGUUAAUAAUCUGAUUGGUUUUUGUGAGUUUUGUGUCAUCACAAAUUUGGUGACAAUUGGAGUCAACGAGUAGUUUUUGCCCAAAUGAUGUCAUUUGGGGGGUUGACAGCCCAGCAUUCAAGCACUGAAACUAUCACAAGUGCUCUUGGCUUAAUGAAUGGCCAGGAUGGUUUGACGCUUUAAAAAAAUAACAAUAAUACUUUACUUAUAUAGCGCCUUUUCCAGCUAUGUCUAAUAGCACU